AGCAGUUAAUUGGGAAAACGAACUCAAAAUGAGUUGAAGCAUUACGAAAUGCUGCACUUUAAAUCAAAUUAUAUAAACACUUCCGUCUUUAAGCCAAUCAUGGUCAUGGGGCGCAGUGGUCACAUUUUACGCGCAUGCGCAGUCUAUUGUUGUGAUGUCCGCUUGUUCAACAUGUCUGCCUCCUUGGUAAGAGCGACCGUCCGAGCGGUCAGUAAAAGAAAGAUCCUUCCUACUAGAGCUGCUCUCACUUUGACGCCAUCUGCUGUGAACAAGAUCCGAUGUUUGUUGCAGGACAAGCCGGAAUAUAUUGGUUUGAAAGUUGGCGUGAGAACGCGUGGCUGCAACGGGCUGACGUACACGCUGGACUACACAAAGCAGAAGGAAAAUAGUGAUGAGGAGGUGGAGCAGGAUGGCGUGAGGGUGUUCGUCGCCAAGAAAGCCCAGCUGACUCUCCUGGGGACAGAGAUGGACUUUGUGGAGUCGAAACUGUCCAGCGAAUUUGUUUUCAACAAUCCCAACAUUAAGGGCACGUGUGGGUGCGGAGAGAGCUUCAACAUGUGAAUGUAGUCCACCUUCCCAAAUUAUGUCCCGUCCAAAUCAAACAAACAAAACCAAAAAAAAAAAAGACUCCGCAUGGAUCAUGGAGCCAGUUCUUCAACCACUGCAGUCAAUGUACAAUAACUCACCCAUGCUUGUGAAGCCUUGGCGUAAUGCACCGUAUUUUAAUCACAGCUCUUUGUUUGAAUUUGUCAUACUUAUGACGCGUCUCAUUUUGUUUUGGACUCCUGAUCUCCAAUUCGCAAGGAUAUCGAUGAGUAUUCUUGCGUUCUAGUGGCAGCCUACUGUUUUAGCGAUGCGCACAUUAUUGUACAUUUUUACAUGAAUUCACGAUGGAGUGUCUUGAAAACUGUUUUUUCAGUUUGUAUAGUCUUUUGAAACUGACAAAGCAUAUUUAUCUCUGUAAAUAUAAAGAGUGUGAAUAAUCUAAGAACCACAAAAGCGUAUAAUAAAGCUAGAAAGCCUG